AGGACGCAUUAACAACCAGAAGUACACCACUGACUAUUAUUCAUGAGAAAUUGAUGAAGAAAGUUCCCAAAAUGUUAAUUUCAUCACCAACAUCUCAUUUUGAGGAAGUUUUUGGUAAUGAUUUGACUAAUAGUGCUACAGUGGAGGACUCAUUGACAGCCGGAUCUUCACCACUGGCUAUUAAUAAUCAUGAAAAAUUGAUGAAGAAAGUUCCCAGAAUGUUAAAUUCUUCGUCGUCAUCAUCAUCUCAUGUUGAUGAGCAGCAGAGCAGCAAGCCUAUAAUUAUUCGUUAUUGUAAGAGCGGAGGCGAAGAUGACUUGAGACUUUAUAUUGUCAAUGGAACCUCUGAAAAGGAGUGCAAGACCAGGGGCCUGAACUCACUGAAAGGAGCUUACCUUGUAAACGCUUGCGGCGGAUUAGCGUUGAUUUCGACUAGGAACUACCUGGAAGCAUAUACCAAGUAUGCUGUGUUUAAUCCUCUAUCAAGAGAUAGAGUCCAAAUAGUAGGAACCCCCAAUGUGUCUGCUACCCGAGCAUGCGGGAUCUUCUUCCAUCCUUUAGCGAAAGAACACAGGAUUCUUGCGGUGCAUGGAAGAGAACCUGUAUUUGAAUAUCACAUUUACUCAACCGGAGCCAAACGGUGGAGGCAAACCGCAUAUCC